UGUUUGGGGUAUAAAACCACAGCUGGCCACUCGAUCAAUUAUAGUCCAAUUUGUUUGCUCAAAUCACUCUAAACUCAACCUCAACAUGUUCAAGCUGUCCGCUCUCGUUGUCCUCGUCGCUGCCAUCGCCUGCAGUGUGGCGGAGGCCAAGCCUGGCGUCGUCGUGGGUGCCGCAGCUGUUCCCGCAGGUGUGGUGACUGCCACCAGCUCCCAGUAUGUGGCCCGCAACUUCAACGGAGUCGCCGCUGCCCCGAUUGUUGCUCCAGUGGCUGCUGCCUACACCGCACCUGUGGCUGCCGCAUACACCGCCCCGGCUGCUGCCUACACCUCUCCCGUGGCUGCUGCCUACACCUCUCCCGUGGCUGCUGCCUACACUGCCCCAGUGGCUGCUGCCUACUCCGCCUAUCCUUACUCCGCAUAUCCCUAUGCCAGCUAUCCCUAUGCCGCUGGCUACACCACCGUCUUGUAAGAGACUUUAAAGGAUCGAAAACGGACUGACAACUGACUUUGGAAUGCAAUAAAAAUACGCAAAUGAAACUCAAA